AUGAGCCAGAUGGAUCCCAAGAUAUAUCUCCUUCUCUUUCUGAGCCCGGUGCUCGCAUUUAGCGGCCUCAUUCUAAUCUAUAUACUUACCAGGCCGAUCAGGCUCUUCCUCUAUGACCGGCGUUUCUAUCUAAAGGGCGGGAUCCAUGCGCCCAUGAUCCCUAGGGACAUCAUUUCAGUGACUCGCUUCUUCUUCGCUGUGGUCAAAGCGCAGAACGAGCACCGCUUAUACGAGUUUUUUAAAAAGAGCCUUGAGCACGGCGAUCCAGCAUCACCAAAUUGCGUGGAGAGCAAUAUCUUUGGUUCAUUUCGCGUGAUCCAGACACGCGAACCUGAACACCUCAAAGCUGUUCUCACGGGAAAGUUCGCAGACUUUGGCAAAGGCGAGCUGUUUCAUAAGCUGUGGAUUCCCUUUCUUGGAGAUAGUAUCUUCACUACUGAUGGGAAAGAAUGGCAAGGCAGUCGCAAUCUCAUCCGGCCCAUGUUUAUCAAGGACCGGAUCAGCGACCUUGAUAUCUUUGAACGCAAAACCCAAACGAUGCUGAGUUUAUACAGUCCUUGUGGCGAGCCAACAGACGUCGUGGACCUGUUCUACCGAAUGACCCUCGAUGCUAUCACCGAGUUCCUGCUAGGAAAGGGCAUCAACAGCCUCGAGAACCCACAAGCCGACUUUGCCCUGGCUUUUGCAGACGUCCAGCGCAUACAGACUCUGCUUACAAUGCUCGGUCCUGCCCAGUAUCUAUACCCACGCGGGAGGUACAACCAAGGACUGAAAGUGAUCAAUGACUUUGUUUGGCCAUUCGUUCAUGACACACUGGGCUUUCAAGCGGACGAUCUCAAGAGCUCCGAUAAAUCAUUCACCUUCCUCCAUGCCCUAGCCAACUACACCCGCAGUCCCAAGACUAUCCGCGACCAAGUUGUAUCAAUUCUUCUCGCCGGCCGUGAUACCACCGCUGCAACCCUUUCCUGGGCUUUUUACGAACUCUCCCAUUAUCCAGAAGCCUACUCGAAGCUCCGCGCCGAGAUCCUCGACAAGGUCGGCCCCACUCGCGCUCCUACAUACGACGACCUCAAAAAUAUGCCCUACCUCCGGCACACCAUCAACGAAGUCCUCCGCCUCUAUCCAGCCGUGCCCUACAACAUCCGCUUCGCCCUAACAGACACAACCCUCCCUAUAGGCGGCGGAGUAAACGGCGAUCUCCCGAUAACAAUCCUGAAAGGUGACGCAGUGGCCUACUCCACAUACGCCAUGCAACGCCGCGCAGACCUCUAUCCUCCUGUUUCUGAGAAGUUUGCGGACCCGGCUAUAUUCUCACCAGAGCGGUGGGAGGUAUGGUCUCCGAAGCCAUGGCACUACGUCCCGUUCAAUGGUGGGCCGCGGAUCUGUAUCGGGCAGAAUUUUGCGCUUGCAGAGAUGGGGUAUACCAUUGUGAGGAUCCUGCAGAGGUAUGAGCGGAUCGAGUAUGUUGGAGAUUGGGAGAGGCAGUUCCAUAAAUCGGAGAUUGUGGGAACGCCGGGGAUGGGCGUGAAGUUAAGGUUGUACGAGGCCAGAAAGCCCUAG